UUGUUUACUUUAUGUAUUAGGCUAAUUCAUGACAUAAAAUUUGGGUGCGGAUAGCUGCGGAUGACAAACUUAUUAUGUGUUUUUAUGAAUGACAUCACAAAACAAAGAAAAACAAAUUUUGUUUUAAAUGGACUUAAGUGCGAUUUUCAUUGUUUUAGGUAUACCGGGUACUUCAGGUAGAAAAAUAGUGAGCCGUAAAUAUCUUUAUGAUCUAAUGCAGCAGCAAGAUUUGCCUAAUUUAGAUGAAAAAAUUGAAUAUCUGGAAAAUCACCUGUUGGCCUGUAUUAUUGAAAAACCAGAUAAUCUAAGCAGUUUAAAACAACGAUUUUGGAACUUUAAAACAUCAAUUAAGAAAAAAUGGUCUAAAGCCCAUAGAAAAGAAGCAGUAUUUCUUAAAAACAAUGAAGCUUGGUUGGACGGAACAUUUGAAAUUUCAGGCAAUAAACAAACGCGACCAGGUCGGCCUUCUAAAUCAUUUGAAGAUUCUUGUGAGAGGAGUAAAAGAAGAAAAACAGAAGAAAUACGUUCUUCGCUUGGUGAAGAAGUAAUUGUUCAUGCAGCUCAAACAACAUUACAGGCUCAAGGAAAAAGGAAUGCUUCAAAAAUACUAAAAGAAAUAACAAACUCUCCAACUCGUGCAAAGAAAUACAGAAAAGCAUUAAAAAAAUCUGAUCAAGAAGAAAUUACUUGUCUCACACCAUUGCAAGCCCUAGCAAUGUUUGUUGAAGCCGAUUUAACCAAGCGACAAUAUGAAAUCAUUAGAAAUACAAAUAAAUCAUUUUAUCCGUGCUAUAACAUAUUGUUAAUGGCAAAAAAAGAAUGUUACCCGCCAAAGGAUUCUAUAACUGUCACAAGUACCUUUGCAGAAUGCAAUUUACAAAGCUUAAUUGACAUUACAGUUACCCGGUUAUCAAUGGCACUAGAAGAAAUCCUUUCUUCUCUAAAACAUACUGAAAGGAAUUCUUUAAAAAUUAUUUGUAAAUGGGGUUGUGACGGAUCCCAACAAGCUCAAUAUAAACAAAAAUUUGACGAUGACGCUGCCUCAGACGCAAAUAUAUUCCUAAGCUCUUUUGUACCACUUCAAAUAUAUUGCGGCCAACAAGGCAAAAAAAUAAUUUGGCAAAACCCAACACCCUCAUCGCCUAGAUAUUGCAGACCUAUACGAUUUAGGUUUGUCAAAGAAUCUACUGACGUAACAAAGGAAGAAAUCAAUUACGUUGAAGAAUCUAGUAAGAAAUUAACACCUACUGAAGUAAGUUUGCAUGGUAGUACAUUUACGUUUGAACAUAUAUUUAAGAUGACGAUGAUCGAUGGCAAGGUGUGCAACGCGGCAACCGGUACAAAAUCAACAAGUCGGUGUUAUAUAUGUGGAGCAACAUCUAAAGACUUUACCAAUCUGACACAAAAGUUUAAUACAACUUCUAAGGCUAUUGAAUUUGGACUAUCUGUACUACACGCCAGAAUUCGAUUGUUUGAAAGCGUUUUACACCUGGCUUAUAAAUUACCAGUAAAAAAGUAUAGAGAGAAGAGAACUAAUGAAGAAAAGGAUUUAGAAAUGCUUACCAAAAAACAUAUACAGGAAAGGUUUCGAAAGGAAACAGGACUGUUAGUCGACAUGCCAAAAGCCAAUUUCGGGAAUACCAAUGAUGGUAAUACUAGCCGAAGAUUCUUUGAAAACCCCCAAUUAGCUGCGGACAUAACAAAAGUUGAUUUUCAAUUAAUAUAUAGAUUAAAAGUUAUACUGGAAACUAUCUCAAGUGGUCAUAAGAUAAAUAUCCAUAAAUUUAAUGAUUUUGCCAUGGCAACUGCGAAAUUGUAUGUCGACCAAUAUUCAUGGCACCCAAUGACUCCGACCAUGCAUAAAAUAUUAAUUCAUGGCGCAGUUAUUAUCGAAAAUGCCUUAUUACCCAUAGGACAGUUGUCUGAAGAGGCAGCAGAAGCCAAAAAUAAGCAUUUUCGCUUAUAUCGCGAAAACUACGCUAGAAAGUUCUCGAGGGAGGAAUGCAAUAUUGAUAUAUAUAACAGACUAUUACUAAGUUCAGAUCCACUAUUAAGUAGUAUGAAAGGAAAAAAAAGAACUAAAGCAAGAUUAUUUUGCCCUGAAACAAUCAAUAUGUUACUACCGGCUGAACCGAAUACCGAAUCCGAUUUUUCAGAUACGGAUCAAGAUUUAUCCAUAGAUGAAUAAUUAAAUAUUUUAAAAUAGGUAUUUGCACCUAAACUUAUGAAUUUAGAUUGUAGAAUAUUUUUUUGUUUAUAAAAUUU